AUGCUUAACUUGGCCAACUUACCGUCUACAAGGCCUCCUGACAGAGGUUUAACUCAGGUCCCAAAGUCAAAUGUUAGCCUGAAUACCAACUUGAAAGAUUCACGUGGCGAUUUGCAGAAGUCUUCAGAAAAUUUAAAAGGUGAAAUGGAACAUUCUGGUAAUUCUGGAAAUUGCGAGCAAGAACAGGGAAUACUGCAUUCACCACAGGUUAUUGCUCAGCAUAACCCGGAAGAAUUUCUGAAAUUCCGGCAAGGCUCCGGCCUAGAGCUUCAAUCCUCAACACUUUCCAUGGUCAAGAGGGACCCGCAAACAACCCCUGCGCACCUGCAACAGACACAACAAGCUACUUUUACACUUCACAAUCCACCAUCCAUGGUUGAACUGCCACUAUUGUUGUCACAGCAGCAAGAGCAGCCGAAGGGACAAAAGGAAGUUGCCACUGAUGUGAGCCAAAAGCUAUUAAUUGCGCAAGAAAGCAGAGUCCCUGAUCCGCAGCAUCAUCAACUGAAGUUACCAUGCCCGUACAAUGAUUGUCAAAGCUUGCAGUCAUGUUCACCGACUCCAGAGCAGAAACUGUUGUCUCCAUCACAGCCACCAAAAUUGCAACAGAUUCUAAAUUUGUCACGGCAAGAUGAACAGCAAGAUGACAUAAAAUCAGAGCAGCAUUUGUGUGAAUCAAAUUCAGAGCGCGAAAAUGUAGUGAAUCCAGUGCAUCAAGUUUCCAUGAGGUCUCUACAGCUGCCAUUAAGCACUCUUCCACAGCCAAAUGAUAUCAAAUUUCUAUUAAAAAACAACAGGAAUGAACGAGCAAAAGCGAAUUCCGGAAGAAGUUCUUUUAUAGCUCAACGUAUGGAUGCAAAACAAAAGUCCCUGCACCAUGUAUCCGCACAAAAGAAGAAUCAAGAAUCUCAACAGAGCCAAAUGUGUCAGCAACUCAUCAAGGGAAAUCAAGAAGUUCCACAUCAGAUGCAGCAGGAUGAUGAAAUGCCACAUCAGUUGAAUGAAGUAAAUGAUGUGAAAAUGACACAAGGAAUAAAGCAUGAAACAGAACUAAAUCAGAGACCUGAAGUCAAGAACUUGAAAUUUAGACAAGUGACAGCUGUUAAAUCUGGAGUUCCACCUUCAAUUUUUUCCCACAGGCACAUUCAGGCCGAACCUGUCCAGUUACCUCGACAUUUUCCUCUGACCACCCAGCAUAAUAUGCUGCGGUCGCAUACAAUAGCUGGAUCCCCUUCUCAUUCUGUAAAUUCACAGUCUGGGUUUUCUGCGAAAUUCCCCUCCAAUGACUCCUCAAACUUGAAUACAGAUGGCUUUGGUUUUGAUGCUUCAACCAUCAAUUUUGAAGAAUCAUGUGAUGCUGAGAAGCCCAUUCUACGCUUAAUUAAAGCGGUGAACUCAAUUUCAUCGAAAGCCUUAAGUGCUUCUGUAAGUGAGAUUGGAUCAGUACUCAAUCUGGCUGAUAGCAUGGCAGGAUCAGUACCAGUUUAUGGAUCCAAAGGCUCAGUUAGUGAAGAUUUAGGGGAAAUAAACAAUCUUUGA